AUGGAUCUGGGAAAUCACACUAGAGUGAAAGAAAUCAUUUUUCUGGGAAUCACUCAGUCCCAAGAGCUCAGCUGGGUCUUAUUUGUCUUCUUGGUUCUGGUGUACCUGGCAACUCUGCUGGGAAACCUUCUCAUCAUGGUGACAGUGACCUGGGACUCCCACCUUCACACCCCCAUGUACUUCCUACUCCGAAAUCUCUCCAUUCUCGACAUCUGCUUCUCCUCCAUCACCACACCCAAGGUCCUGAUCGAUCUUCUAGCCAAAAGGAAGACCAUCUCCUUUGAUGGCUGCAUCACCCAGAUGUUCUUCUUCCACCUCCUGGGAGGAGCAGAUGUUUUUUCUCUGUCCGUGAUGGCCUUGGAUCGCUACAUAGCCAUCUCCCGGCCCCUGCAUUACGUAACAAUCAUGAGCAGGGGGCGGUGCAGUGCUCUCAUCACUGCUGCCUGGCUGGGGGGCUUUGUCCACUCUAUUGUACAGAUCGCCCUCUUGCUCCCGCUCCCCUUCUGUGGGCCCAAUGUUAUUGACACUUUCUACUGUGACGUCCCACAAGUCCUCAAUCUGGCCUGCACUGACACCGUUGCCCUGGAGAUCCUCAUGAUUUCCAACAAUGGCUUAGUCAGUUGGUUUAUAUUUUUCUUUCUCCUCAUAUCUUACACGGUCAUUCUGAUGAUGCUGAGGUCACACACAGGUGAAGGGAAAAGGAAAGCCAUCUCCACCUGCACCUCUCACAUCACUGUGGUCACCCUGCACUUUGUGCCCUGCAUCUAUGUCUAUGCCCGCCCCUUCACUGCCCUUCCUGCAGACAAACCCAUCCAUGUCACCUUCACCGUGAUCUCCCCUCUCCUCAACCCUUUGAUCUACACCCUGCGCAACAAGGAGAUGAAGUCAGCCAUGCAGAAGCUAAAGAAACAACUGAGUCCUUCACAAAGGAUUUAA